AUGGACCAGGAGCAUCGCGGGACCUGGUUCGGCUUCGGUUUCUGCGGCUUCGGGCAGGCGCUGGGCUCGGGGCUCGGGCGCCAGGUGCACAGCCCCGAGCCGCUGAGGACGCCGGGUGGCAACCUCGACGUCUGCAGCGUGAGCGCGAGCUGGAGCUACACCGCCUUUGUGACCCGUGGAGGCCGGGUGCAGCUGUCCGGCGCCGCGAGCGGUGCGGCGGGCGGAUGCACGGACGCGUGGGCGUCGGAGGAGCUCCUGGUGCUGCUGCGCGCGGGGCCGGGAGACGGGGCGGAGCUGCAGGCCUGGGCGCCGGGUUCGGCGCUGCGCGGGGAGCCCCUCUGGUCCCAGGCCGUGCAGGAGGCGGAAGGCGGACCCAGCCGUGAUGAGACCCAGGCGGGGCCGCUGCCGCUGCUGCCCUGCGCUCGCGCCUACGUGAGCCCGCGGCCGCCCUUCUACCGGCCUCUGGCCCCCACGCUGCGGGCGCGUCGCCUGGAGCUGGGCGCCGAGCACGCGUUGCUGCUGGACGCCGCGGGCCAGGUGUUCUCCUGGGGCGCGGGCAGGCAUGGACAGCUGGGCCAUGGGACCCUGGAGGCCGAGCCAGAGCCCAGGCUGUUGGAGGCGCUACAGGGCCUAACCAUGGCUGAAGUUGCCGCAGGCGGCUGGCACUCUGUGUGCCUGAGUGAGACAGGAGAUAUUUAUAUCUGGGGCUGGAAUGAAUCGGGGCAGCUGGCCCUGCCCACCAAGAGUCUGGCAGAAGAUGGAAAGACAACUGCAGGAGGACUGGAUGAAGAUGGUUCUGAAGUAAAGAGAGUCUCUUCGGGUGAGGAUGGAGCCCCCGCCCCCUUCAUAGCAGUCCAGCCGUUCCCAGCUUUACUGGACCUCAGCCUGGGCUCAGAGGCAGUCAAGGUCAGCUGCGGAUCCCGGCACACGGCAGUGCUGACAAGAACGGGGGAGCUCUACACCUGGGGCUGGGGUAAAUAUGGACAGCUUGGCCACAAGGACACAACCACUUUGGACCGACCCUGCCGUGUGGAGUACUUUGUAGAUAAGCAACUCCAAGUAAGAACUGUGAGCUGUGGGCCCUGGAACACCUACGUGUAUGCUGUGGAGAAAGAGAAGAGCUGA